CAUAUUUAUCCAUCAAUUACAUUUUUACGAAGACAAUUUGGCGAAGGUGCACCACCGAUUUUUUUUCACUUUUUGAAAAAGGGUUUAAGUGAAAAAGAAAGUUUUUUUUUUCCCCCGCAAAAGCAAAAAGCAUGUAAAGCUGUCACAACACAGGAAUAUCAAAGCCUAACAAGAAAAUUUUUAUAAAGAAAAAAAGAAGAAUAAUUUUAUAAAUCCAGACAUAAAAAGCUGAACCCUUCCCAUUAAGAAAGAGAUCGAUCCAAAAAAACAAACCCAAAGAAAAACAAAAGCAAAAGAAAAGGUAUGAUCAAAGGAAGCAAUGGAAACAGAGGAUCUUCUUCUUCUGGUUACUCUGCAGAUUUGUUGGUUUGUUUCCCUUCCAGAGCCCACCUAGCUCUUACUCCUAAGCCCAUUUGUAGCCCAUCUCGUCCUUCCGACUCCUCCACUAACCGUCGUCCCCACCACCGUCGCCAGCUAAGUAAACUCUCCGGCGGCGGUGGAGGAGGAGGACAUGGGAGUCCUGCUUUGUGGGCUAAACAAGCGAGCAGUAAGAAUAUGGGAGGCAACGAAAUAGCUGAACCUACAUCGCCUAAAGUCACUUGCGCCGGUCAGAUCAAAGUCCGGCCGAGCAAAUGCGGCGGAGGAAAAGGAAAGAAUUGGCAAUCGGUGAUGGAAGAGAUCGAGAGGAUACAUGAUAGUAGAUCGCAAAGCAAGUUUUUAGGGUUGAAGAAAGAUGUGAUGGGUUUCUUGACUUGUCUCAGAAACAUCAGAUUCGACUUCAGGUGUUUUGGUGAUUUCCGACAUGCUGAUGUCACAAGCGACGACGAAGAAGACGAAGAUGAUGAUGAAGAUGAGGAUGAAGAAGGAGAACAAGAAGAAGAGAACUCAAAGAAUGUUUUCUCCAAAUGGUUUAUGGUUUUACAAGAGGAACAGAGCAACAACGACGACGACAAGAACAACAAGUGUGACGCCGUAGAUGGUGAUGAGAAGAAACGCGAUCUUGAAAACUCAGACGCAGAACCGGCGGUUCCGCCGCCAAACGCGCUGUUGCUGAUGCGGUGUAGAUCAGCUCCAGCGAAGAGUUGGUUAGAAGAGAGAAUGAAAGCAAAAACAGAGCAAGAUAACAGAGAAGAAGAAGAAGAAGAAGAAGAAGAAGAAACAGAGGAUAAAGAAAUGAAUACGAAGAAGACGAAGAAGGAUUUGAGAUCACUAAUGGAGGAAGAGAAGAUGGAACUGGUGUUGAUGAGAUACGAUACUGAGUUUUACAGACUCUCUUCAGACAUCGCUAAGGAAACUUGGGUUGUCGGCGGGAUUCAGGAUCCUCUGUCUCGGAGUCGAAGCUGGAAAAGCUGAUUUUUUUUACGUAUCCACCGUUACUCAUCAUUAAUCAUCGUAUUUUAAAAUCUAAUUAAGCGUUUUUUAUAAUCCUAUCAUUUUUGAUUAUCUGUUAAUUAGUUUUGAUACUGUUUUUUUUUUUUUUUUGGUUUCUUGAGUUUCCAUGGUUCCUCUGUUUUGUAUCUCAAAAGGUUUUUUUGUUUGUUUACCUUCUUUGUUUCGUGUGUUUCAUCACAACGUUUGUAAUGUAAUGCAAAUAUGUACAGGCUUUUAUAUGUUACACGAAGUUGCUUAAUAUAUCAUUUUAUUGUA